AUGGUAUUCCUGGUUCACAAACUGGCCUUCCAUCACCACCACAACCAUCAUCCAUCCGAGGCUUUCUUGGUUUCCUUGCAAGCUUUUCGGUCAGAGGUAUCGAAUUCAUUGGCAAAGCUCAUGUUGAAUUCAGACCAUGGACCGGAAUUCUUAUCCUUCAAAUGGCUCCAAGAAUGUUUUGAGGUUUUAGCGGUUAUUAACAGAGCUUUUGCAAAGUUGGUGGUUGAGAUAGAUUAUCCCAUGACUCAAUGGGAGGUUACUAGCAUGGAGGAGUAUCUUGGUUACAGCUUGACCUUGUUGGAUUCGUUAAAUUCAAUAAGCUCUGCUUUGUCACAACUAAGUCAAGCCCGUGUUUUGUUAUCUCAUGCUUUAAGCGUAAAUGAGAAUACUUUGGUUGAAUUUAGGCCACUACCUAAAAUUAUUUACAAAAUUUUUGGUAAUGAUCUUAAAGUUAUUAAUGUGGCCGGGGAGAGCAAAAGAAAGGGUGUCCACGGAAAAGAGUUGGUUCUUCAUGAAGCAUUAUUGGUUUUAAAGAAUAUCGGAUCAUGGGUAUGCAGUGUAGUGGCAUCAGGGUUAUGCAGUGAUGCUGAGCGAUACUUGAAGAUGAAAAAUACAGCUGAAAAAUACGUUUUAUCUCCGCUAAUUGCUCUUGACUCGAUUGUUAACCAUAAGAUAGUCCAAAACAAAGAAGUUGUGAAGGAAAUGAAAGCAGUCAAUGAUACAGUGAAAGGCCAUGUUUUAGCUAAUGGUAAAGGUGCUGACUUCUGCAAAGAACUGCAGGGAAGACUGGAGGCGAUUGAGAAGGCGCAAACAGGGAUUGAAGGCGAUGUCGACUUAAUGUUCUCAUAUGUGUUGGCAGUGAGGAAAGAAUUGAUUAAUACCCUCAGGCAGCGAAAGCAAUAG